AUGGAGAGAAAAAUUGCAAAUUUUGGGGAGACCUUCUUAAACGAAAAAAGUUCUAGAUCCCAUCAGAUACUUCGAUUGACAGUUGAAAGCUCUGCUCGCGAGUUCUUAGGAAAGGACAAGUCAACUACACUUGUGGCUAGUGCAAACUUUGUUGAUCUGGCUGGAAGUGAGCGUGCAUCUCAGGCAUUGUCAGCUGGCACAAGACUGAAAGAAGGUUGUCACAUUAAUAGGAGUUUGCUUGCCCUUGGCACUGUCAUUAGAAAACUGAGCAUGGGAAGUAAUGCACACAUACCGUAUAGAGAUUCAAAGCUUACACGCAUACUACAGCCAUCUUUGGGAGGUAAUGCAAGAACUGCAAUUAUUUGUACACUGAGCCCUGCCACUAGCCACAUUGAGCAAUCAAGAAAUACUCUGCUAUUUGGGAGUUGUGCAAAGGAAGUAGUUACAAAUGCUCAGGUUAAUGUGGUCAUGUCUGAUAAAGCACUGGUUAAGCACUUGCAAAAGGAACUUGCUAGAUUGGAGAGCGAGUUGCGGCAUCCAGUUCAGAGUUCCAGUCUCGAAACAUUAUUGAAGGAAAAGGACAACCAAAUCAGAAAGAUGGAGAAAGAAAUAAAAGAACUGAAGUCACAACGUGAUUUGGCUCAAUCCAGGUUGCAGGAUUUGCUGCAAUCUGUCGGUGAUCAUGACCUGAACCGUCAAGUUCAAGGAAAGCAUUCAGUCAGAAGCCCUCCAUCUGUUGGAAUGCCCCCAAGCGUCAGCAGAGAUGAUAGUUCUCAGGUCUCUCAUGAUGAUUCAGAUCUUUACAAGGAAGUGCGAUGUAUUGAAAGCAAUCGGACAGGAGGAAAUGACCAGUUGGACUUAUCAGCUGGUGAAAGUAGUAGCCCACAAGAUUCAAAUAUGAAUUCUGGUUUGCAUGGAAAUGAUUCAAAUGCAUCAGUGAAUUCUAGGCAUUCAAGGCCCUCUGGCGAAGCUCCUAUUACUUUGGAGGAACACUUGGAGAAUAUUAGAAGGCCUUUUGUCAGUCUAGCCAAAGAUCUAGGAUCUUCAACACGUAACUCAUCAAACUUAAGAGUAAUUGGUAGAAGCAGGAGCUGUAGAUCACUGACAGGUUCUACUAUGUUUGACGAUAUGGAGAUGGAUGAUUGCACUCCACUAAAUAGAAGUUUGGUGGAGUUCCCAGGAAGACCUGUGGAAUCUCAUAGAAGAGGAUCUGCACUGCACUAUGAUGCAGAGACCGACACACUUUCAAGGGCAGGAUCCAUGAGUUCUGAGAUCAGCACUUUUAAGGAUGCAAAGACAAAUGGGUCUGUUGCAUGCGAUACAGAAUUCACUGGUAUUGGUGAAUUUGUUGCUGAACUCAAAGAGAUGGCCCAGGUUCAUUAUCAGAAGCAGUUAGGUGACCAGAAUGCAAAUGGAAAGAGCAUCGGAUUGGACCCGAUCGAGGGUGUUUCUCAGUCACCUUCUCGAUGGCCUUUGGAAUUCGAGAAGAAGCAGCAAGAGAUCAUCGAGCUUUGGCAAGCUUGCAGCAUUUCCUUGGUCCACAGGACUUACUUUUUCUUGCUAUUCAAGGGAGAAGCAGCUGACUCGAUCUACAUGGAAGUGGAGCUUCGAAGGCUAUCAUUCCUGAGAGAUACAUACUCAAGGGGGAGCACCCCUAGCAAUGCGAUAGUAGGCAGCCUGAGUACUUCCCCUGUUGCGAGCGCAAAGAAGCUGCAGCGGGAGAGGGAGAUGCUUGCCAGGCAGAUGCAGAAGCGGCUGUCCACGGAGGAGAGGGAGCACACGUACACAAAAUGGGGUGUCUCGCUGGACUCCAAGAGGAGGAAACUGCAGGUCGCUCGCCGCCUCUGGACCGAGACGAAAGACCUGGAGCAUGUCAGGGAGAGCGCGUCCCUGGUCGCCAAGCUGAUCGGGCUCCAGGAGCCAGGCCAAGUUCUCAAGGAGAUGUUCGGGCUCAGCUUCGCGCCGCAGCAGCAGCCGACCCGGCGGCGAUCCUCCAACGGCUGGAGAUACGGGAUCCCUUCGUUCGCCUGAUUUGGAUCGACCACACACGAAACAAGGCUGACACGACGAUGCGACUGACCAAAGGAUCUUUUGUUUUUUCUCCUUUUAUUUUUUCCCCUUUUCGAUCUUGGUGUAUCUGCAUGUUCUGAUUGUCCAUAGGAUUUUAGGAAGCACAAAAUUGAUGGUGGCGUCCGUUUGCGCCCUUUGUGUUGCCGGCCUCGUGCAUGUUUCUGCCCAGCCGCCGCCGGUCUUUGAUUGCUGCUGACAUUAUAUCGCCGCAGAGCCAAUCGGUGUUGUGUUGUAUAACGUGUGCUAGUUUCUCGUAUUUUGCUUGUAGAUCCGCUUGAUAUAACUGUGCUUACUAGAAAUGCCGAAGAGAAUGCCGCAUGUGACUGGAGUGUAUUUUUA